UUACCGUUGGGAGCUGACAGCUCCCAACGGUAAUUAAUGUGUUCCGCAUUUGUCAAAUGCGAAACACAUUAAAUUCUGAAGGCUAUAUAAGCCUUCUCCAGCAGGUAGAUCUUUACCACAAUUUGAAACCAAAAAAUACUUAAAACAUGAAAGUUCGAGGGAGACGGUUAUUAUUUUGAGCGGAAAAAUCUUGAACCGAGGUGCUUUUAUUUCGAAUCUAUAUUUUGGAGCUAAGGAGUUAUAUUAUUUAAUACUAAUUAUUUUGGAGAACUACAAGAGAAAUGACGAGUCCGUUUCAGCAGACCACACCACCGGCGUCUCAGUUCCGGCAGACCACACCACCGGCGUCUCCGUUUCAGCAGACCACACCACCGCCGUUUGCUGCAUCAGAUCAGUAUUACCGUCCAGCGCCAUAUACAGAUGCUCAACCGUUCACGUCUUUCGAUCAGUGUUACCGUCCCACGAUGCCUUCGGAUGAGCAGCCGUCGACGUCACAUUCGCGGCCAUCUUCUUCUCACCAGGCCCAGGAUCCAUCACAGCUACAUUUUACACUGUCAGAGUCAUGGUUAUUCGGUCCGGAGAUCGGUUCAGAGGCGUACGAGGAGCUUUUAUCACGACCGGAUCUCACACCUCCAUCUUUUAGACUUCUACCGCCCACACAGGAGGAGACUGGUACUGCACCACCAGCAGCAGACGUUCAGCAUUCAGCUCAGGACGAGGACGCCUCCGAUAGCGGCGAGAGUCCUCCGGUACCCAGACAGUUUCACUCGAUCACAGACAGCUCGCGGCACCGACGAGAGACUCACGGUUUGAGGGUACAGAGACCGAGGACUCGUAGAUAUGAGGAUUAGAUUUCAUAUUUUUCUUUAUUUAUCGAUUUUUGUAUUUUAGUAUAUGUUGUAUGUUUACUAUAUUCGGUAUAUUAUAAUCGUUUGUGAAAAUUGUUAUUUUUUUUAUA